AGAGAGCAAAUAUCUUGAAGGAGGUUCAGAUCAUGCGGCAAUUGGACCAUCCCAAUAUCGUGAAGCUCGUCGAUUUCUCCGAGUCGAGACAGUACUAUUAUAUUAUAUUAGAGUUGGCACCAGGAGGAGAGUUGUUCCAUCAGAUCGUUCGUCUCACAUACUUCAGCGAGGAUCUUUCUAGACACGUCAUUACUCAGGUUGCAGAGGCAUUAGAGUAUCUGCACGAGGAGAAGGGUGUUGUUCACCGAGAUAUCAAGCCUGAAAACUUAUUAUUCUCUCCAAUUCCCUUUGUUCCGACCAAGAACCCAAAACCGAGAGGACCAGAAGAUGAAGAUAAGGUUGAUGAAGGAGAGUUCAUCAAGGGGGUUGGAGCUGGCGGUAUUGGAAAGAUCAAGAUUGCCGAUUUCGGUUUAAGUAAGGUUGUUUGGGACAACCAGACGAUGACGCCUUGCGGAACAGUUGGUUACACGGCACCGGAGAUUGUGAAGGAUGAACGAUAUUCGAAGAGCGUCGACAUGUGGGCAAUGGGCUGUGUUCUUUACACAUUACUUUGCGGCUUCCCUCCAUUCUACGACGAGAGUAUUCAGGUUCUCACCGAGAAGGUCGCAAAGGGACAGUACACCUUCCUUUCGCCAUGGUGGGAUGACAUCUCCAAGCCAGCUCAAGACCUUGUAUCUCAUCUCCUUACCGUCGACCCCAACAGAAGAUACACUAUCAAACAGUUCCUCGACCACCCAUGGAUCAAAGGCCACGACGAACCAACUUACCCCGCCUUCGACGCUCCACCUCUCGCUACCCCAGCCGUGGAACGCAACAAGCAACUGCGCGCCUUCGACCCCGCGGCGCUUGAAUCGCCUGGCUCCAAACGCAUGGAUUUCCGAUCUCCCGGUGCUGUCAACCUUCGUGAGGUGUUCGAUGUCGGCUAUGCCGUUCACAGACAAGAAGAGGAAGGGAAGCGCCGCAAGAACUUCAAGCAAGGCUACCGCGGUGCAGCAGCGAUGAACGGCCUCAAUGCAGAGGAUGACUUCCUCGAAGAAGAUGAAGACUACGAAGACGACAACGCCAUCCCAGCUAAAGUUCCUAAGCCGGCUGCUACAGCAGCAGAUGUUCACGCUGUUGAACAGGGUUUGAGAGACACGAACCUGGGCUCGACGGCCAAGGCGCCGGUGCAGAAGGGAUAUGGACAGCACAGCGCGGCGGUGACGGCGGCUGCCAAGCAGCAGGUUCGGAAUCGCAAGGGCGCGUUUGAAUUGAACCUCGAGGGGGCCACAUUGCUCGGUAGACGCGGGAAGGGACCAAGUGGAUUGAGGGAGACUACUGUUGCGAAUUAACAGGUUGGUUGCCUGGAAGGUUGUGUGGGGACUUGUUUGGCGUUGGAAGGCGGGUUUCUUACUUUCGUUUGGGACUCGAUAGGGGUUUGUUUCUCUACGGGCAUAAUGGCAUUACUGCGUUGCGUUGCGUUACUUGCAUACAUGAGAGAAUGGGGGAGAUUGAGAUGAGUGGCACGAGACAUGGGGACCGGGGGACGGAUCAUAAGAGAGACGGAUAAAUAGGAAUAGGAAUAGGCGCUGGGCUACCAAGUAAUGAAUAUAUGGUGUCUGUGAGUGCAUGUUUACACACAGUAGAGAGACCAAGCGCGGUACUGCUUGGUUGUUGCCGCGUACAUGUGCUCUGUGAGGAGUGAGCUGUGGUCUUCCACCACGGAAACCCAUCCGGACCACCCAACCCCGCAUUUUCCCCUGCCAUCCGGUGUCCCUCUCCCCACGCAUCUCUUUGUAUUGAAGUCUUGGC